UUUUUAUUAUUUUUAGUAAAGUGGUUCCCAAUACGGAGUACUACAAAAUGCUCCUAUUUAAGAGCUACUGGAAUAUUGCAACCCAAGCUUUCAGAUAUUUCCUUUCUUCAGCUUAGAUUGCACUUACCCUGUAGUUUUUCUUAAUGGGAAAGCCUUCUACUGUGCAACGCUCACUUGUGCAUUUCUGGGUUCUCCUUGUGCUAGUUGUCAGCUUCUGUUACGCUAUAUCUGCUGCAGCAACAACUGAGGUUUCAGGGAAAGAAAUGGACUCGGGUAAGUAUUUUUAUAAUCAUGGUUGGCCAAAGGCAAGGCUAGAAGAUGAGGAAGAAGCAAAAUCUGAACAAGUUUUCCAUCCCAAACCAACAUUCAAGAGGCCGUAUUUCAAGAAACCGAGUACAACUGUUAAGAAGCCACCCAAAGCUCUCCAACCUGCCCCAGUUGUGAAGGGGCCAACUUUCCCCCACCACCCUCCAAAACCACAAGACUCUAUGGUUCCCUGAAGUUUCUCAUGCUUUGAUAAGUGAUCAACCGUUCCAUUUCUAAAGCACCUAUAUCAAUCCAUGCCUAUAUCUCUAGAUAACUUACGCUUGUAUAAUCCUAUACGUUAUCCUUCUUGUGUUAUUGUAUUGUAAUAUAUAUAUAGCCGAUCUGUCUAUUCGCCUAAAUAAAAUUCACGAUACAGCAAUUGUGAAUAUAUUAUGUUACUCAGAGAAUGAUAAGGAUGAUUUUCUGCUUUUA